GCGCACAAUGCGUGUAUCGAUGUGCUUACUUUUGUAUCGGCCAUCCCUAAAACUUUUCAGAUGCUUGUCAAAAAAAAGCAACUGAAUUACAAAUUUAAUUAAACUAUCAGCGAGAAGAAAAGGCAUACAAUGGAUGAUAGGCGGCGUGAGGACUUUGCGAAAGCCUUAUUCGUGCUCGAUAACCAGAACCCAAGGGAGAAGCGGCCGCCACGGUGUGAGCCCAGAGUGCAGCCGGUAAAUGGCAUUGUGCAGCCCCCGGUGAUGCCGCCACCCAAUCGUAAGGGAAGGGUCACCAAUUUCCUGUUAAAACUGAGAACCGCUGUGAAUGCGUUGUCGCGCAACCCUUCCUCGCUGCACUUUCGCCGACCUGUCGAUGCCGUGAAGCUGAACAUCAGGGACUACUACGAAAAAAUCGCAAACCCCAUGGACUUGAACACAAUCAAGAAAAGAUUUGAGUACACAUACUACUGGGGCGGUGCAGACGUCCUGGAGGACAUUCUAUUGAUUUUCGAAAACUGCAGAACCUACAACAGUCCGGAUUCGACCGUGUUUAAAGCUGCUGUCACCCUGUGCGAAUGCUUUUGGCUGCGCAUGGCGAAAAUGCAGCAGGAAUUGCACAAAGAGUGUAGGGCUGAGGCCAAGACCAGGCGUCCGCGGAAGGCAUCCAUUUCAAAAACUUCUCCAUUGCCGAAGACCCCGCGCCAGGAAAAGGCUGUCAUUCCGAAAAAGACUAAUGUGGAAAUCGAGGAUUUAAAUCAGCCAAAGGCAGACGAUCCACUGCCUUCAUUUGAGGCCGUUCCCAAUCAACAUCCGAAUCGGCACCAUUGCAAACAGUUCACGCCUGUGACACCGGCCCGUCGUGGUCGUGGCCGACCUCCGGGGCCACCAUCUCAAAAAGCAGUUGUUGAGACAGAGCCCUAUGAAGAGGAUGAUUCAUUGCGGAUAAUCACAACAAUUCUGGGCAAAACGCAGCUGAUGCACUACCUUCAGCCACCCGAUAUAAGUAUCCCAGCAUAUGUUGAUACACAUGGUGACUGCAGACAGUUGUGGGACAGCAACGUGGAUGAUUUGACAUCGUAUGAGCUACGCACUGUCAUCCAUAUAGCAUUGCAACAUAAUGUGCCAGUCACUACGAAAAACGGCAGAAUGGAAUUAAGCAUAACGAAAUUCUCCCCCAAAGUAAUAUCAAUAUUAAAUGAGGCUAUCCUUCAAAGUAGACGCCUCGAUUCCGAUUUGCUGCCAUUUAUGACAGCUGAUGAACUGCAAGUUAUGACGGAAGUGUUGGAAAACAGGUUGCUCAAACUCAACACCCUCUUGAACAUAUCAAAUCGUUCGGGUACUUUAAGUAGACAUGCCACUCCCAGUAACGGUCAGGAUCUGGAACCCUCCGGUUUAGCAACAAUGGCGAAAAUGGCACGGUUAUCUGAUGAUGAAGAGGAGGAGAAGGGAGGAGGAAAGCAUGUUAAAAAAGGAGAGACCUAAAGGAAAUCGUAAAGGAUGGAAGAACAAGCGAAACAUAUGGAAAAUUACUAGCAAGUUAACACAU